AGUCACACCUCUGCGGCUCUCAUUGGUUUAGCUCUCUGUACUCCCCUUUCCACCAACAUUUCCGCCUUCCUAUUUUUUGUUUUCGCGAAAGAAAGUUUUGCACGAUUCACACAUUUUAUUAAUACAAUAGCGAGUUUUUGUUAAACAGCAAAAUCUACAAGCAUGUCAGACCGGGGUUCCUUCGACACUAAUGUUGUGACUUUGACCAGAUUUCUGCUUGAAGAGGGCAGAAAAGCUAAAGGCACGGGCGAGCUGACAACACUUCUGAACGCGAUGUGCACGGCUGUCAAAGCCAUAUCCAGCGCCGUCAGGAAAGCGGGCAUCGCGCAUCUGUAUGGGAUUGCUGGAAGUACCAAUGUGACGGGUGACCAGGUUAAAAAGCUGGACAUCCUUUCCAAUGACCUGGUCAUAAACAUGAUCAAAUCCUCAUUCACGUCAUGUGUUCUGGUUACUGAAGAACAUGACACUGCCAUCGUUGUAGAGCCAGAUAGACGGGGUAAAUAUGUGGUUUGCUUUGACCCUCUUGAUGGUUCAUCCAACAUUGACUGCCUUGCAUCAAUCGGGACCAUCUUUGCCAUCUACAGGAAGUGCACCGACAGCGAGCCGUCAGAAAAAGAUGCACUGCAGCCUGGCAGGAAUAUAGUGGCUGCUGGAUAUGCACUGUAUGGCAGUGCCACCAUGAUUGUCCUCUCCACCGGUCAAGGGGUGAACUGCUUCAUGUUAGAUCCAGCUAUUGGCGAGUUCAUUCUGGUGGACAGAGAUGUGAAGAUUAAGAAGAAAGGGAAGAUCUACAGUCUGAAUGAAGGUUAUGCCCUUUAUUUUGACCCUGCUGUCACAGAGUACCUGCAGAAGAAAAAGUUUCCAGAGGAUGGCAGUGCGCCCUAUGGAGCCCGUUAUGUAGGCUCAAUGGUGGCAGACGUGCAUCGGACGCUGGUUUACGGAGGAAUCUUCCUUUACCCUGCAAAUGUGAAGAGCCCCAAAGGAAAGCUCAGACUGCUGUAUGAGUGCAACCCCAUGGCCUUCAUCAUGGAGCAGGCCGGAGGAAUGGCCACCACAGGCACCACCAACAUUCUGGACAUCCAACCGGAGAACAUCCAUCAGCGGGUGCCGGUGGUGAUGGGUUCCCCUGAUGACGUCCAAGAGUACAUCUCCAUCUUCCAGAAACACCACAAAUGAAGAUCAGUAGUCAGAAUGUAUAACAUCACAAUCAAAGACUUCUAAAAAAAAAUGUGAAACACUUGACACUCCAGAAUAAGAUGCCAAAAUGCCGUUUUUUUUUUAAUAAAUUUUUUUUAUACUGUACCUCCACAGUAACAUAUGAGGUGUUUUAAAGGAUGUGGACUUAAGUGGUGAUUGUUUUUAGCAGAAAACUUGACACCAGGACUAUUUUCUACAUUAAACCAUCUCUAUGAGCAUCAUUGGCAGCUGAAAUGGUUCAUGGCCAAAAACACAGAAGCAAGUUCAUGAGAAAGAUUUACGUUGAAGAUCUUGUUUCUGUCACUGCAGACCAAAUAAUGACCAAAUAAUCAAUUGUGCCUUAAUUUUACCCUGUUGAAGGAAGCUGUGAAUAAAGAUCUUGGCAAAACAAGUGA